AUUGGUGACAUUUUUGAGUUAUGAUCAUAAAUCAAACUAAAUCAUUGGUAAAUCAUGUCACCAAUAAUCUGUAAACCUAACCGAACCGAACUUCUCUCUAAUCCCCUUCGCUCGCUGUCUUCAAUCUUCAAAAGCUUCAUUUAACUUUCGAGUAAGCCUGUAACAAUAAUGGUGAUUAGCUGUGGAGUAUUCUCGACACGUUCGUGUUGCUCGAGACUGCAACCGCCGUGCCUUGUACUGCGCCGGAGACUCUGCGGAGCUACAGCUUGCUCUGAUUCUGUAAACGGGAGCACUUCGAAUAAGAAGAGAAACUCAGAGAAGGAGAAAGUGAUUGUGAUAUCUGGUCCCACCGGCGCCGGGAAAAGCAGGCUUGCCUUGGAGCUAGCUAAGCGUCUCAACGGCGAAAUCAUCAGUGCUGACUCCGUUCAGGUGUACAAAGGACUUGAUGUUGGAUCAGCCAAGCCCUCAGCAAGCUAUAGAAAGGAGGUGCCACAUCAUCUUAUCGACAUUUUGCAUCCGUCUCAAGACUAUUCUGUGGGGCAAUUUUUCGAAGAUGGAAGGCAAGUUACUAAAGACAUUCUUAGUAGAGGGCGUGUUCCCAUAGUCACAGGUGGCACUGGAUUGUACCUGCGAUGGUUUAUGUAUGGGAAGCCAGAUGUGCCUAAACCUUCUCCAGAGAUCAUCUCCGAGGUCCACGAUAUGCUAGUUGAUUUUCAGACCGAUCAUAACUGGGAUGCGGCUGUUGAGUUUGUUGUCAAUGCUGGUGAUCAGAAAGCCUCUUCUUUACCUCGUAAUGAUUGGUACAGACUCAAGCGUAGCCUCGAGAUACUCAAGACAACUGGAUCUCCUCCGUCUUCCUUUCGUGUUCCAUAUGAUUCUUUUCGAGAAAGUUUGAACUCUCCUGACGCCAAUGAUGACUUCAGUGAGGAUGGUUCAUCGGGUGAUAUCUCUAUUCAAAAUAUACAUACAGAUUUGGACUAUGACUUCCUUUGUUUUUUCUUGUCAAGCCCACGGAUUGAUCUCUAUAGAUCUAUUGACUUCAGAUGCGAAGACAUGCUCUCAGGUGCCAAUGGAGUUUUAUCAGAAGCUAGAUGGCUUCUUGAUCUUGGUCUUCUUCCAAACACAAACUCUGCAACUCGAGCCAUUGGUUACAGACAGGCCAUGGAAUAUCUAUCGAAAUGUCGUCGACAAGGGGGUGUAAGUUCCCCUGGAGAGUUCUAUGGGUUCUUGAACAAGUUUCAGCAAGUAUCUAGGAACUUUGCAAAAAGGCAAAUGACAUGGUUCAGGUGUGAGCCUAUGUACCACUGGCUUAAUGCUUCUAAGCCUCUGGAUACAAUACUUGAAUUCAUUUACGAUGCUUACGAGAAGGAAACAGAGACGCUGGUGGUGCCUGAUUCUAUCAGGAUGAACAAAGACAUGAGAAACUCUCGAGAAGCUAAUGCACUAAAGGCGUACCGCCCUAGAAAUAGGCAUUUCAUUGGAAGAGAGGACUGUUCUUCAGUGUUGGAGUGGAUCCGAAGUGAAGGAUGUAAGAGUGAAGUUUCAUGCGUGGAAGGAGCAGCAAUAUAACCCACUUACACGCUUUCUUUCUACCCGGAGAAGCCAAAAAAAGAAACAAAACAAUAGCAAAUGUGUUUUUUUCUUGUAUGAAUGCACGAGUCGACAAGGUUUUAGAUUAGCUUCUUCUUUUUUAUUUUGUAUGAACAAACAUUUUAUUCGCCUACGUUUCACUUAUAAAUCUUAAAUUCACUCCCAUGUUAUAUGCAUCAAUCUCAGAUUCAUCCU